UGUUCGUAGGACGACGAGAUCGAGGCUGAACAUCGAUUAUAUCUGCCUAGUUCCUCCAGCGCCGGCAGAUGGAAACAACAGAAAUCCAAAACGUACUUCACAUACUUGCCAGGAUUAUACACACUCUUCUAUUUGUUUAUUUAUUUCGCCUUUCAUGGCUAUCUUAAAUUCCUGUUGUUGCUGGAAAUCAGUCAGAAGUGGAAGUUAUGCGUGUGCUAUAUACACUUUGAUUUUCUAUACAACCGUAUUAACUGCUGGAGCUUUUCAUGUUCGUACAGUUUUACAUUCAGCUGCACUCCUGACAUUCAGUCUGUUAAUGGUGGUCUUGUCUGUCGCUUGUGUCGUCACUUCGAUUGUACUCAUAAUUGGAUUGUGCACGAACAAUCGUCAUUUGUUCCUACCAUGGUUGGUUUCCAUCUCUCUGACCACUCUGUUGGAUGUCAUUCUUUCCUUCUAUCUAAUUAUGGAAGCGGUUUUUGACCCUUUUAUCGCCGUUCUGUUCGUAACUGAUAUAUUCAUAUGCGCAUUAAACGUUUAUUGCCUUCUCUGCGUGCUAUCACAAUAUCAAAUGAUUCAAAGCGGACACGGAUUAAUCGAAUUAUCCAUCGACCAGAGACAGCAGAUGCUUCGAUGCGCUCCUUCAUCCUAUAACACGUCGACCCGCACUCCAUCCACCAUGACAUCCACCUUAACAGAUGAGGGGGUGCAAUCGUCCGUUUAUCUCGUCCCCCCUAAUCAUCGCCGACCGUCUUUUGUACCGGUUAAACAAUUACUGUAUCCGGAAUUGAGCACAAUAUCCGAAGAACAACAAUACAAUCCCGAUCCUGUCAGAAGGAAGGGCAGCACAGAUAUUAGUUCGCUGAGAGACAGGAGACCUCUUUCACCCAAUCAGAUGGAAUUCUGCCCCUAUAGAAGGCUAAGUUUAAAUGUCCCAUAUCGCCCUUCGGCUUCUACGGGGAAUAAACUGGUACAAGUACAACUGUAUUCCCCCGGAGAAACGUCUGUGGAUAUGUCGGCUGUCGAACAACAAAACGGAUCUCCCACCUCCGUUUAGAAGAUGCAAGAUGGUGGCAAUAAGCAAAAAAGAAUCGUGGGAAAUUGACGUGUUUAUAACGGAUAAAGAAAAAAAGAUGGGCGAAAACAAAAAAUUUGCAAUAUUUGUAUUGUAUAUUUUAAUAUAUACGUGUUUUGUAAAAGUCUAUAUUUCCCGUCCUAUAACGGAUAAUCGAGAGUCUGUGAUAACAGAUGAGAAAUUAAAUUUUGAAGCUAAUCAUAUCAACUUUAAUCCCUUUUUUUAAUAAUAAUGAUGAUAAAACAUAUGCGGGCUUUCUCAAAUCGAUUUAUUGAUUGGGAUUCGAAGCAUCGCUACGUAUAUAUAUAUAUAUAUAUAUACACCUAUAAACCAAAAUCAUAGGCUUAUAUAUAUUUAAAAGAAAAAUUAAGAUUACAAAUUCUAAAUUGGUAAGAAAAUUUUUAAUAAACGGAGCAAGUUUUUUCAUGUAAACAGUUGAUUAAACUAAUAAAAAAAAAUCAGAUUUUCGUUUUUUGUCAAGGCAAAUAUUUAUUCUAAUUGUGGAAAUGCCUUCUACUUUAAAUAUUUACGUCCACGAUG